AUGGCUCAAGUUGAUGAGAAAGCAAUGGAAUCAAGAAUUGAGGAAGCUGUGGCAUUCUCCCUGAUGGAUAGACUCCAGGAUUUGAUCCGCAAUGCAAUGGGAGGGCAGACCGCCCAUGACCAGACUCGACAAGAACAAGAUUUCAAAAAGUUUGAUCCCCGCCCCUUCGAUGGAUCGUUGAGAGAUCCUAUGAAAGCAAAGAUGUGGUUGUCCUCGAUCGAGAAGAUCUUUCACUACAUGAGGUGUCCGGAGGAGCACAAACUCCGUUGUGCAGUUUUUAUGUUGAUAGACAACGUAGAGAUAUGGUGGUGUUCAAUAGAAAAAAGGAUUGACACAAGUGGAGAACUUGCGACGUGGGAUCAGUUUAAGGAGCGUUUUUACAAGAAGUAUUUCUCUGCCAACACUCAGUAUAACAAGUAA